AAAAUACGAUGUUCAGCCGAUAUCGAUCACCGAGCUUCUUAACAAACAUUCCAUCCGACAUCGUACCGGCGACCUUUUGUCCGCAACCCGAUGGCCGUACCUCCUCCGUCGCUCCUCCGGUCGGCUCUCCGCCUCCUCGUCUACCUCCUCCCCUUCGCCCAGUGGCCGCGGCCGCCACCGCCGCCGCCACCCGUUCCCGGCCCCGGCGCCUCCUUCUCCGUCAGAGACUUCGGCGCCGCCGGCGACGGCUGCCGCUACGACACCGCCGCGAUCCAGGACGCCAUCGACGCCUGCCACGCCCACGCCGCCGCGGCCGCCGCCGGCUGCACUUGCCGCGUCGCCUUCCCCCCAGGGAGGUACCUGACCGCGACGGUCCGGCUCAAGUCCGGCGUGGUGCUGGACAUCCAGAGUGGGGCGACGGUGCUCGGGGGCACGGAGAUCGGGAACUACCCGCGGGAAGCCGACCGGUGGUACGUGAUACUGGCGGAGGGCGCGAGGGACGUCGGGAUCACCGGCGGCGGGGCGGUGGACGGGCAGGGGCUGGAGUUCGUGAGGAGGUUCGAUGAGAGGAAGAACGUGAUGGUCAGCUGGAACAAGACCGGGGCGUGCCUGGGCGACGAGUGUAGGCCGAGGUUGGUCGGGUUCGUCGGGUGCACGAACGUCCGCGUCUGGAACGUCAGCUUGAAUCAGCCCGCUUAUUGGUGCUUGCACAUAGUACGUUGCGUGAAUACAUUCAUUCAUGAUGUUUCCAUUUAUGGAGACUUUAACACUCCUAACAAUGACGGAAUUGACAUAGACGAUUCGAAUCACACGGUUAUCACACGGUGCAAGAUUGAUACAGGAGAUGAUGCCAUCUGUCCGAAGACUUAUACAGGUCCUCUGUACAAUUUAACAGCAACGGACUGUUGGAUCCGAACAAAGUCCUCGGCAAUCAAACUUGGUAGCGCGAGCUGGUUUGAUUUUAGGGGUCUGGUCUUUGACAACAUCACCAUAGUAGAAUCUCAUAGAGGACUGGGAAUGCAGAUACGUGAUGGAGGAAAUGUGAAUGACAUCACCUUCUCAAACAUCAAGAUCUCCACUAGGUACUACCACCCUUCGUGGUGGGGAAGAGCAGAACCCAUCUACAUAACAACAUGUCCGCGCCAUUCCUGGUCGAAGGAAGGCGCGGUAUCAAACAUACGCUUCAUCAACAUCACCGCUGAUUCCGAGAAUGGUGUGUUCCUCUCAGGUUCCAAGGGUGGGCUGCUGAGAAAUCUGAGAUUUAGUAAUGUGAACUUGACUUACAAGAGGUGGACAAGUUACGAGGGAGGAUUGGCAGACUACAGACCUGGAUGCCAAGGGCUGGUGAAGCACGGCAUGGCCGGGAUCAUCAUGGAGCACAUCAAAGGGCUGGAAAUUGAGAACGUGAACAUGAGAUGGGCUGACGAGAAAUCUUGGCAGUGGGACAAUCCUCUGGAUUUCAGGCCCUCGACCGUGAACGGCAUAUCUUUCCGCGAUUUCCACUCGGAUUUGUACAGUUGAUGAGGUGAUCAGGGGGCUGAGAACCAGGGCUCAACUGUAACAAAUUUUCUACGCCAUUCGUGUACGGCACCCUACACUGUGCAUAAAGGGUUGUGUAGCAACGAAAGAAACGAGUUGUCUGAACCGGUUUUCGAAAAUGCCAUUCUUCAAAAGCGUUUUUGGUUUGGUCUGUUCAGGCAAAUCUAGAAUUC